AUGGCUGUUAAUAUUCCGGUGGUGUUGGAUGUGCAAGAUCUCAAGGGUGCUUUGCUGGGCUUACUGACAGUGUCUUUGGAGGGUCGUGGUAACGAGGAUGAUUCCGUGGUUGAUGUCCGACGUGCUCGACUUGCACUACGCACACUCAUCAAUGCCGUGAAUCGCAGUAAAAAAUUCGCUGAAAACGUCACUCCAGAAUGUUUACCCUUCUUUCGUGCUUUGGUUAGGAUUCCUGAACUUUAUACAGAGACCUUUGCCGCCUUAGCUGCAUUGGCUAGGCCGAUGCGACUCGUGUGCGGACUCUAUGAUAAUUAUACAACACUGCUUGGAGAGCUCUUCCUGCUUUGGGAGUCACAAAAUGUCACUGAUUCAGAUAGAUCUUGGAUCUCGGCUUUGGUUUCCAUUCAUUUGCAGGAAGACUUUGGUUUUCUUGCCAGUCACUUUGCCGAUCUUCCUUGCGAUAGUUUUACUGUUCUUCUUCAUAUUACUGAGGUGCUGAUGGACUCUUGUCAUGGAGAAGCAGUCACAAAAGUACUUUUUCUUUUGCAUUGCCACUUGUAUGAACCU